AUGAACGGUGAACGUCAGCUCUUUGUGGCAGGUGGUGCUGACGAGUUGAAGAUGCCCCCGUUGUUCCUUGUGCUGCUCAUCGCGUUCGCGUCCGCGACGACGACGGCGCCGCUUCCGACGGCACGAGCCCUCGUCGACAACGCGAGAGGCUAUGUCUACAACGGCCACCUGCUCAAGUCGAAGACGUUCCUGUCCCCGCCCUUCUCCCUGCGCCCCGGCUCCGUCUCCAACAAGUGGUACAUGGACGUGGCCUUUCCGCGCGGCCACCUCGCGCUCAAGAGCUUCAACGGCGAGGUCGUGGACGCGCGCGGCGCCCCCGUGCCGCUCCACGAGACCUACCUCCACCACUGGCUCGUGGAGCCCUACUACGCCACGCGGGGGGGCGGCGGGCAGACGCUCCCGCGGGCCAACUCCGGCGUGUGCAAGGGCUCGCUGGGGCAGUACUUCGGGCUGGGGUCCGAGACCCGGCGCACCUUGACGUGGGUGCCCGACCCGUACGGCAUCGAGAUCGGCGGCGGCGACGCGCCGGAGGGGUACGAGGAGCGGUGGUCUCUGAACGUGCACGCCAUCGACACGCGCGGCGCGGUGGACAAGCCCGGGUGCACCGAGUGCCGGUGCGACCUCUACAACGUGACGGUCGACGAGCGCGGCCACCGCAUCGCCGAGGGCUACGCCGGCGGCCUGCACUGCUGCUACGACCAGACGCGGUGCAGGGUGGAGGACGGCUUCGCCGCCGGCGGCGAGCCGCGGGAGCUGUUCCUGCGGUACACCGUGAUGUGGGUCGACUGGAGCGACGCCGCCGUCGUGCCGGUGAGGAUCUACAUACUCGACGUCACUGAUACGGCGCUGCUCGACGGGAAACCCGAGCCUGAUUGCAAGGUGGAGUAUACAGUCGAGGCAUGCAGCUCUGAAAACCGAGCGAAAAACGAUUGCGUCGACAUGAAGGUGACCAAAGAAGCGUUGCCCCGUGGAGGCGACAUCGUCUUCGCCGUCGGGCACCAGCACUCAGGUGGCAUCGGCACUUCUCUGCACGGCCAGGACGGCCGGCUGCUGUGCUCGUCGACCCCGAUCUACGGCGACGGGGAGGAGGCCGGCAACGAGGCGGGCUACAUCGUCGGCAUGUCGACGUGCUACCCGGAGCCGGGCACCGUCAGGAUCCGUGACGGCGAGGCGCUGACCGUGGUGUCCAACUACACCGGCGAGCGGCGGCGCACGGGGGUGAUGGGCCACUUCUACCUCCUCGUGGCCGACGACGACGAGCAGCAGCAGGCGGCUCCCAACAAGCAACCGCCGUCACUGUGCUUCAGCUUCCCGACCUCGUGGUGCGUUCCGGCAUGGAUGAUGGGCAACCUGCAGUGA